AUGACUUGGGAGAGUUUGGCCGCCAAGAAAAGGGCAAGUGUCGUUGACGCCAUUCCACCAGAAUGGCGGUUAAAGGAAGUUCCCUCUGGAGACUCUGUAAUGUCGGUACCCAAGGAGAGCGGCAUCCUGAGUUCAGAGGAGUUAACCAUCACCGAAUCCUCUGCUACCGACCUUGUCAACUGCCUUCAUGACUUCUUCCCAGACUAUGCGCUUGCUAGGGCAAAAUACCUGGAUGAUUACCUCGCCAAACACAAGAGACCGCUGGGGCCCUUGCAUGGGUUGCCUGUCUCCCUCAAGGACCAGUGUCGUAUCAAAGGAUUCGAGACAACAAUGGGAUACGCCGCGUGGAUCGGUAAGACGGACGAGGAGAACUCGGUUCUUGUAUCCCUUCUCGAGAACGCGGGUGCUGUGUUCUACGUCAAGACUAGUGUACCGCAGAGCUUGAUGACAUGCGAAACAAUAAAUAACGUGUUUGGUCGGACUGUGAAUCCGCGAAAUAAAAACUGGGCCCCCGGGGGUAGCUCUGGUGGAGAGGGUGCCAUUCUGGGCUUCCGAGGAAGCGUACUCGGCGUGGGAACUGAUAUUGGUGGAUCCAUCCGUGUACCGGCAGCCUUCAACUUUUUGUACGGCGUUCGUCCCAGCCAUGGUCGCUUGCCAUACGCCAAGAUGGCCAACAGUAUGGAAGGGCAGGAGACAAUUCACAGUGUUUGCGGACCUCUUGGACACUCCGUCGAGGACUUGAGGCUCCUGAUCAAGGCCGUUCUCGCAGAACAGCCGUGGAACUUCGAUUCCAAAGUGGUGCCUAUGCCAUGGCGUGGAGCCGAGGAAGACGCGGUCAAGGCAAAAAUUGCAUCCGGCGGCUUGACGCUAGGAUUUUAUUCAUGCGACGGCAAUGUCGUUCCCCAUCCACCUAUCCUUCGAGCGGUCCAAACCGUCGUUGAAAAGUUUAGGGGCGCGGGACAUACCGUUUUGCCUUGGGAACCAUACAGGCACCCAUACGCGGUCAACCUAGCGAACAGAAUUUACGCUGCAGAUGGCGGAGCAGAUAUAUUCGCAACGCUCAAGCUCUCUGGCGAACCUUCAAUUCCCCACAUUGCCGCGCUCGUUGAUCCGAACAUGAAGAAGGCUGAUCUCAACGAAGUGUGGGAUAUCCAGCUCGAGAAGUGGAAUUACCAAAUGGAAUAUCUCGCUCGGAUCCGAGAAUUCGAGGCGAGCACCGGACGAGAGCUUGAUGCUAUCAUCGCCCCUAUCACCUGCACUGCCGCCAUUCGACAUGACCAGUUCAAAUACUACGGAUAUGCCACUGCAAUCAACGUCCUCGAUUUCACCAGCGUUGUUGUCCCUGUCACAUUUGCCGACAAGGCCGUCGAUGUGAAGCCGAGCGAUUUCGAACCGUUGACAAAGAUUGAUGCCGCUGUUCACGCAGAGUAUGAUGCCGCCGCGUAUCAUGGAGCUCCAGCUGCUGUGCAGAUCAUUGGGCGACGCUUUACGGAAGAGAAGAUCAUGGCCAUUGCUGAGGAAUUAGGUCGACUCUUAAACCAAUAG